AUGCCGAACCGAAAAGUGGUAAAGUUUUUUUUCGAUGUCAUCUCGCCGUACAGUUACUUCGGAUUCGAGGGCAUCACGCGUCAUCGUGCCAUCUGGAAGACUCCGAUUCAGAUGAAACCCUUCUUCUUUGCCGGAGUCGUGAGGCAUUCUGGUACGCUCUUUUGGACUUUCCCAUAGUUUCAGUUAUUCUAGAGAAUUCCGGCCUCCCACUGCGUGUCCCAGUCAAGGAGAAGUACAUGCACAAAGAUCUUCUGUUCAGUGCUCAAUACUGGGGAAUUCCGUUCCGUCUACCCAAGGACUACACUAACAAAAUGCUCACGACCAGCUCAGUUGUGCCUCAAAGAGUUCUGGUGGCUGCCCAACUCCGUGAUAACGCUCUAAUGGAAGACUUGGCCCGAUCUAUGUGGCACCGCUUCUACGCUUACGGAAAACCGGUAUUCACAAAGGAUCAAGUCGCGGAAGUGCUUCGCGAUCGCCAUGUCAAAAAUGCCGACGAGUUGAUGAUGGCUUCUGAAUCUGCAGAAGUCAAGAACAUUCUGAGAGAGAACACUGACGAGGCGAUUGGUCAUGGAGUAAGUGUAAUGGACGAAAAUGGAUAAAUGAAAAGUUGCUUCCAGUGUUUCGGUGCUCCGUGGAUGCACAUCACAGACGGACAUGGAAAGGUUCUACAGACCGUGUUUGGAUCGGAUAGACUGCCACAGGUGGCCGAUUUUCUUGCCGAGCCUUUCAAGGGUCCGAUGAGAGAGAAGAUCAGCAAAUAA